AACGCGAGAUCUGAUUGGUGGAGCGUUUCCUAUACCCGCGCGUACUUCCGUAUUUUGUGUGUGUGGUUUUUAAACUGACUUUUACUUCCUGACUUGACAAAAAGCACACCACGGCGUCGUUUGGACUUACUGGACAGCUCUAUUUCUCAAAUAUUACGUUUCUAGAAACAACAGAAAGCGGCUGCCAACGCUCGCUUGACGGAUGACAACCACGCCGAACACACCGGCGGACCUUCAAACAUCUGGAUCUACUGCACCUUUGAUGGCGGAAAGUGCGACCAUGUCGUCGUCGUCGUCGUCGGGCGUUAUGGAGGCGGCACCGAUCUCCUCUCCGGAACCUCCGCCUCUUCUUCUUCCUCCUCCUCCUCCUCCUCCUCCGCUGCCUCCGCCACCUCCUCUUCUCCCUCGCCUCCUCCCCCAGUCGUCGUCGUCGUCGUUCCAGCGCCGCUCCAUGAAAAAGUUCUACUGGGACGCCAUCCCCAGCCAGCGCGUGCUGGGCAGAGUCAACGUGUGGACCUUGGAGCUGCCCCCCCGAGAACUGGUGCUGGACACCCGCAGCAUGGACGAGCUCUUCAGCCGCGUCGACCGCCGUGCGGCCGGCUGCGGCAGACUGAGGUCCCGCGGCACGUACGACAUCCGCCCGCACGAGCCGCAGGUGGGUAUUCUGGACUCCAAAAAGAGCAUGAACAUGGGCAUCCUCCUCAGAUGUUUUAAGAGGCCGCCGGCAGAAAUGGUGGACGACAUCGUCCGGGGCGACUGGCGCGCCUUCGGCGGCGGCAAACUGUCGGAGCUCUGCAAGCUGCUGCCCGACCGAAGCGAGGUGGAGCGACUGGUGUCGUUCGCCGGUAACCCGUCGCUUUUGCCGGAAGCCGAUCGGUUCGUGGUGCAGCUGGUCAAAGUGCCGCACUACGAGGAACUGCUGAAGGUGAUGGUCCUGCGCCAGGAGUUCUCGCCGCUCGUGGACGAGGUCAACAGGUCGCUGACCGUCAUGAUCAAGGCGGCUAACGAGCUGCUGGACUGCGACGACCUUCACGCCGUCAUCCGCCUGGUGUUGAAAGCUGGGAAUUACAUGAACGCUGGCGGCGACAGCACCGACAGCACCGACGCCAUCGGCUUCAGGAUGGCGUCGCUGCUCAAGAUGGCCGACACCAAGGCCAACAAGCCCGGCAUGAACCUCAUGCACUACGUCGCUAAGCAGCAAGCGGAGGACAUCGACGCUGACCUGCUGACCUUUCCCGGCCACCUGGAGCACAUCGGAACAGCGGCCAGAAUCUGCAAAGAGGAAGUGGUGGUCGACUUGGAGCGACAAGUCGAGAAGCUCAACCAGGUCAAACUGGACGCUGGCACGCAUUCCGACCUCCACCAGCAGAUGGAGCCCUUUCUCAAGGAAUGCGAAGCUCAGCUCGGCGACGUCAACUCGCUGCUGCACGAGCUCGAGGUGUCCAGCUGCGCCGUGGCCGAGUUUUUCUGCGAGGACCCCAACAACUUCAAGCUGGAGGAAUGCUGCUCCAUCUUCCACUCCUUCUGCCGACGCUUUGACACCGCCGUGCAGGAGAAUCGUGAGCGCGUGGCGGCCGAGCAGCGUCUGAAGCGCAAGGAGAGCGUCCGGCUGAGCGCCAAGCGCGUGCCCGCAGCCCCCGUCCCGGAAUCCAGCCUGGAGUCUGCUUUGCGCAGCCUCCUGUCCGCCGGCCCCGAGGGACCCUCCUCCGGCAGAUCCCGGAAGAACACCCAGCCGCCGGCCCCGGAGCCUCCCGCCGGGGACGAAGAAACGGCGGCGGAGAGUCCCGAAAAGAAGCAAGCCAAACUCGAGGAGGACCGGGAGGGCCCGUCCACACCGCGCACCCCUCGGCCCAGAACACGAGACGUUUUCUCAGACUAUAACGGUGACGGGGGCUCGCCGUGGACCGUCCUGAGCCCGCUGACGUGCUCCCGGCAGCGGCGCCCUCUGCGGGGCGGCGUGUCCGACGCCGAAGAGCCGGACGACGGCGUGUGGGAAAGCGCGUUCCGAGGUCCUCGAGGGCGCUCGGCCUCCGUGGACUCCACACGCCAGUCGCCGCUGCCCGCCACGGCCGCCGCCUUCCGGCUGAGGACUUUGUUCCAGAGGGGCGCCCCCCAGCGCUCGUACUCGUCCGGCUCCGGGACGGACGGCGUCAGGAAUGCGGCCGGCUCCUUCCGCUUCAUUUCCUUCUUCCGACGCUUUGGAGGCAAAAGGGAGGCGGAGCAGCCCCACCUGAGACGAACAGAUAGUUGAACCUUGUCAUUUCGUUUGUGAUUUAUUAUUAUUAUUUUUAAGUUCUUUUCACCAUUUAAAAAAAAACAAAAACAAAAACAAAAAACUACAAAAAACAAGGCAACUGGGAACUUGUCUUGGAUAAUUUGGAAUUUUGGGAGUCAGUCAGCACUUAAAAAUCCAGACAUCUUUAAUAUUUGAUUUAGCUGAGCAUCUUUUUUAUGUCUUUCUGUGAGUGCAAUAAAUGAUAUUUUGCUACCUUU